GCUGGCUGGCAGAUGAUUUUGAUCACUCGUCGGUGUGAAUUGCGGGUCGUUCACCACACGGCAGACCAUUUUCGGCCUGAUUGCCGGUCUGCUAACCUUGAUAUUCGGUCGAUGUGCUCGCGAAAUCGGUAAGCACGGUCAGAUCACUCCAACUAUCGGCUUGGUAGUUACGCGAGCACCCCGCUUUAGGUUCUUGACCAAGGGCUGAGUACUCAGUCGCGGACUCGCGAUGCUGGAGUAUAGUUUAGGGCCCUUCAAGGUAACUUUAGUCUCAAAAAGUCUUUAGGAUAUAAAGGUACUUCAUCUCCCCAUCUUGCUAUCCAUCAGCAACAGCCAACGCCUUCCAUAUCGACAAGAGAUUGAAUCAGUCUCGUUGACAAGGCUUCUUCAUAAUGCGUUUCACCACCGAGCUACUGGCAGUCGCGCUCGCUGUUGCAGAUGUCACCUCUGCCCAGAACUCAACAUAUAAUGCUACUGCAGCUGCUGCAGCUCAGUUGAAGGCUGAGCUGGCUAAUCUCGAGCAGUUCUGGUCCUAUGGAAGAUCACCUCCAGUCUACCCCACUCCUCAAGGAGCAGGUAGAGACGAGUGGGCUAGUGCAUAUGAAAAGGCCAGAGCCCUGGUCGCUUCGAUGACCGACUUUGAGAAGAACAACAUCACAUACGGCUACACUUCCAAGACAAAUGGCUGUGGUGGUAACAGUGGUUCGGUUCCUAGAGUCGGCUUCCCCGGUCUCUGUCUUAGCGAUGCUGGAAACGGCCUCCGUGGUACUGACGGUGUCACUGGCUUCGCUUCUGGUGUCCACGUUGGUGCUACGUGGAACCGUAAUCUCGCUUACCAGCGUGCUCACUGGAUGGGUGCAGAGUUCAAGGCCAAGGGCGUCAACGUCCUUCUCGGACCUGUUGUCGGACCUCUCGGAAGAGUUGCUGAGGGCGGUCGUAACUGGGAAGGUUUUAGCAACGACCCUUAUCUUGCUGGUAGUCUGACCCACGAGACCGUCCGGGGCAUGCAGAACAAUGUCGUCUCUUGCAUCAAGCAUCUUAUCGGAAACGAGCAGGAGCUUGAUCGCAACCCUGCUGGAGCCAACGCCUCCAUGUCAGCCAACAUUGAUGACAAAACUAUGCACGAGAUGUACAUGUGGCCCUUCCAAGACGCCGUUCACGCUGGAGUCGGCUCUGCCAUGUGCUCGUACCAAAGAGCCAACAACUCUUACGGAUGCCAAAACUCCAAGGUCAUGAACGGCCUCUUCAAGGGGGAGCUCGGUUUCGAGGGUUUCAUUGUUUCGGAUUGGGGUGCUCAGCACUCUGGUGUCGCCAGUGCUGAUGCUGGUCUCGACAUGGCCAUGCCUAGCUCAACUUUCUGGCAGAAUGGUAACCUCAGCCAGGCUGUCAACAACGGAUCGCUCUCCUCCACCAGACUUGAUGACAUGGCUACCCGUAUUGUCGCAUCUUGGUACCACCUCGCUGAGUGGCAGAACCCUGGACAUGGUAUGCCCGUCAACCUCACUCUUCCUCACGAGUACGUCAAUGCUCGUGAUCCUGCUUCCAAGCAGAGCACUUUCCAGACCGCAGUCGAGGGUCACGUUUUGGUCAAGAACGUCAACAAGGCUCUUCCGCUGAAGGCACCCGGAUUCAUCUCUCUCUUUGGUUACGACGGUAUUGCCCCAUCAACUUACACACCUGACAACGCACCCGCAUUCACUCUUUCAAACUUUGGCUUCUCUCCCGUCGACGGUGUCAGCGCCAGCGAGCUCUUGCUGCUUUUCGUCGCCCCAUCGACUAUCCCUUCCGAGGCUCUGCCCGGUAUUGCUAUGAACGGAACCAUGGUUACUGGUGGUGGCUCUGGUGCCGCCCAGCCCGCAUACAUUAGCGAUCCAUUCAGCGCCAUCACCGCACAAGCAAUGGAGGACGACACCUGGCUCCAGUGGGAUUUCCACAGCCAGAAUCCCGUGGUCCAGAGAGGAUCAGAGGCAUGUCUUGUCUUCAUCAACGCCUUCGCCACCGAAUCAUACGACCGUCCCUACCUGGAGGAUGAGUACUCGGACGACCUUGUCUUGAAUGUUGCUGCUCAGUGUAACAACACCAUGGUCAUUCUCCACAAUGCUGGUAUCAGGACCAUUGACGCGUGGUACUCGAACCCCAACAUCACUGCCAUUGUCUACGCUCAUCUCCCCGGACAAGACUCAGGCAAGGCCCUGGUUGAGGUUCUUUACGGCAAGCAAUCCCCUAGCGGUCGCAUGCCUUACACAGUCGCCAAGAAGCCUGCUGAUUACGGCAACCUCCUUUCGCACCUUAGACCCGACAACACCAGCAACUACUACACCCAGGACAACUUCACUGAGGGUGUUUACAUUGAUUACAAGGCCUUCAUCGCGCAAAACAUUACCCCCCGUUUCGAGUUCGGUUACGGUUUGACUUACACCACUUUCAACUACUCGUCGCUAGAGACCAAGACCCUUAGCAACGUCAGCACUUCUGAGUACCCUCCCAACAGCCCCGUCGCUCAGGGUGGUGUUGCUUCUCUCUGGGAUGUGAUUGCUACUGUUGACUGCACCAUCACCAACACUGGCUCAGUCACUGCCUCUGAGGUCGCACAGCUGUACGUCAAUAUCCCCGGUGGUCCCGCCAAGGUCCUUCGUGGAUUUAACAAGCAGGGCGUCGAUGCCGGCAAGAGCAUCAACUUCCACUUCGACCUCACCAGACGUGACCUGAGCGAGUGGGAUGUUGUCAGCCAACAAUGGAAACUGCAACAAGGCAACUACCCAAUCUACGUCGGCAAGAGUGUUUUGGACAUCCAGCUCACAGGCAGCCUGACCAUCUAAUUUCGUCCCUAAGAUGAGACCAAACAUGAUACGAUAAAACGAUGAUAUCCUAAUGUAUUUUAACAAGCACUUGUAUAUAAGCAAAGCCAAUCGAUUGCGUAAAAGAAC